UCGUAAAGGCGAGCAGAAUGGUUGUUCUCAAAAGUAAGAAAACUUGCCUAUGGUUAAUGGAGGAGUAACGAUGCCGGACCGGCGAAUGGAUUGGUUAUGUGAGGAGGGCCAAAACGCAUACAAUGGAACUAACAUCAGAUACGUAAUAAGAUUGUGUCUGAAUUUAUCAAGAUUCAGUGCUUCAUACAGGUCCAACUCUACCUUCGUGAAGCAGUAUGAAGGGGAGGACUUGGCUCGGCCCGAGAUUAUUGUGACUUUUAUUCUGUGUGUUGUUGCAUUGUUGUUCAAUGUUGUGUCCAUCAUGGCUACGUCACAAAUCUCUUCGACGUCACAUACCAAAGUGAUAAUAAGUCUCGCAGCAUCCGAUAUUCUCGUCUCAGUCAGUGUAUUUAUGCACGAUGUUAACAACCAUUUCAAUGUGCCAUCUUCAUCAAAAGAUCCCGAUUCUAAUUCCCGUCUCCUCUCCGCCUGCAUUAAAGUUUGUGUCUUGUCAUUCCACAAAAUGGCAAACAUGAUGUCGCUGUUGAACCUUUUAGCAAUAGCUAUAGAUCACUAUAUAGCGAUCUUGAUGCCUUAUCGAUAUGUGCAUCUUUUAAACCGCUGUCGGACGAACUUCAUGAUAAUCAUAUUAUGGAUAAUAGGAUUUCUGUGUGGAUUUUCUUCCUUCUUUGGGGGAUUUCAAAAGUCGGAGAAAUUCCAAUAUUUAAAUUUUUGUGAAAUUACCAACUUUUCUGAUUUCCAGGCGGAAUAUUUUGUGAUAUUCACUGUGGCAGUUUGUUCUGUCGCCAUGUUAUACAUUUAUACAAGAAUAUUUUGUAUUGUGCGACGUGUAAGCACAGAGGGCACAGCGCUUCAUAAAGACGCAUUGCACAACACUAAGGCACUGAAAACCUCGGCGCUUAUCAUCGGCACUUUUGUUGUCUGCUGGUUUCCAAAUUUAGUCUUCCAAGUGUCUGGUCUGAUUCAGUUACACGAUUUAGACAGUAGAAUUAGAGUAUUCGAAAUGCUUAAUCGUGCCAACAGAUAUUUAUGCAUUCUUGUGGUGGUGAAUUCCAUUUGUGACCCAAUCAUAUAUGCAGCAAGGUUAAGAAUUGUACAGAAAGGGUAUUUUCGGUUAUUAUCACGUUUCUGUGGAUAUAAGAACCCAAAAAUGUACGACGAUAAUAAUUAUAGCCAAUCAAAGACUGAGCUCCUGGGCAGAAAGCAGUCGACGCUGGUAACGAACUAACCCCGAGAAUCUCAACCCGAAAUACAGACAAUGUUGUAAAUUGUUUUAGAUUUACAUAUGGUGGUCAUGAACUUCAUUUUGUACUAUAAAAAAUAAAGUUGAGGAAAUAUGAAA